AUGUCGGUGUCCGGGAAAGCGCAGAAUGUUAUGACGGAGUCACAGAACCAUGUGGAGGAUGCAAGGAAUACUGGCUCUUCAGUAGUUGAAAAUGGACAUCACCAGUCCAGUCCAGAUAAACCAAAAGGCUCUUCAGGCUUUGGCUUACAAGACGCUACAGCACACGAACAUUCACCUGCACUUUCUGUGAGGAUGCCGCAUUUGCCAGUGACCGCUGUCACCAAAGGCACAGCUGAUAUACAUCCAAGCUCAUCCAAUGGCAGCAGCCGUCCUAAUUUGCAUGACCCCAAAAGUCCAACAGAGACGUCACCUAAACAAAGCAAAAAAAAAAACGGUGGAGUAAGGACAUGGAAUGCCAGCGUUGACAAAACUAUGGGUGUAACUACAAAUUCAGAGAAAAUUAUUUCUGCCACAAAGACUACCCAUAGUUACAGUGUGACAGGCUCGUCCAUAAGUAGUGAAAGUACAGACAGAUAUUUUGAUGUCACUUCAAAAUCCCAGUCGCCUCCUGCCAUUAAUCGUCAGGCUGAAAAGAAGCCGGAUCUGGUGAGGUCCCAGACAUUACCCCGCUCUUCUGGUACGCAGGCUCACAAGGCCUUUUUUGAGAAGUUUGAUCCUGAUAGUUCCAAGGGCAAGGGGGAAUCCAAGGUGAAACUAAAAAGGUCUCAGAGUUUUGGCGUUUCCAGUGCCAGCAGCAUUAAGCAAAUUCUCUUGGAAUGGUGUCGCUCCAAAACAAUUGGCUAUAAGCACAUUGACCUACAGAACUUCUCAUCCAGCUGGAACGAUGGGAUGGCCUUUUGUGCCCUGGUCCACUCAUUCUUCCCAGAAGCUUUUGAUUAUGACGCUCUAGAGCCAACAAACCACAAACAGAAUUUCGAGCUGGCUUUCUCUACUGCAGAGAAAAUGGCUCACUGUGACCGUCUUAUUGAAGUGGAAGAUAUGCUUAUGAUGGGGAAGAAGCCAGAUCCGAUGUGUGUGUUUACCUAUGUGCAGUCGCUAUAUAAUCACCUGCGGCGUUUUGAGUGACAAGCACACUUACUGAAGUACAGUAGCUUCCUGUGAGCAAUCCCCCCCCACUACAAAACUUCUUGCGCCAUACUAUCCCUUCAGAACAACCACUACACAGACGAAGAACUCAUCAGCUGACACUCUAUGCAACUUCCAGCACUGUGACAACUGAAAAGCUUAUAAGACAGUACUGUCCUUGAGAUGCUUGGUACAUUCUAUUUUUACAACCGUUUACUGUUAAUGCCACUGAGAAGAAGUGG